AUGUUCCUGGAUUCCGAGUCCUCCAUGGCCGCAGCAGGCAAGCAAGAAGAAGCGGUGGAGUGGCAGAAGUCAGUCGAUGAGCAGCUUGCGGAGAACCGGAAACGCUUCCCGCUGAGCAAGCUGAAGGAGUGCGACUCCCUCUUCAUCGGCCACAGCAACUUCCAUGUGGAGAAUCCCUUUCAAUUGUGGCAGGAUGCAUCUCUCGCCUUGAGGGAGUCCUUCCCAGAAAGGUGCCAGCGGCCUUUGUACAACGACAUCGGCAACUUCCAUCCGGAGGAUCUGGCAGAGAAUCUGGUGGAACUGGACGAGGCCCAGCUGGCAGAGCGCGUGCCACUGAAGCACUUCGACCUGGUGGCAGCCGUGCACAUCCUUCCAGAUGCUGACGGCUUGCGGAGGCUGCGACAGCUGCUGAAGCCCGGGGGUGCGUUGAUCUGGAACACCUGGUGGAGAAGAGAAGGCGAGCAUCCCGGUGGCCGGGCGCCGGAUUUGGCCGAGCUCGGCUUCGAGAAGCUGAGGGACAAAGCACUCCCUCUGAGUUUCGUCACCUCGCCCUUCCGGCAGUCAGGCUACAAGUACCGCUACUGCUACGCUCGACGAGCCGGCAAGAAGAAGCGCAAAGGGUUCCGCUGA